AUGUCUGAACAGAAUCAACCCGAUUCCUCCAACCCCAACAACAACCCGACUGCCCAGCAGAACCCCGAGGGAGAGUCCAAUCCCAACCCUACCUCCCCUCAACAGGAACAACAGGAAGACUCUACCCCUGGUCAAGAAGAGAAGCCUGAUCAGACCAACCCGGAAGAUCAGAAAGAAGACAAGGAAGACUCCCAACCCAAAGAAGAAGACUCUCAGCCCAAGGAAGAAGACUCUCAACCAAAAGAAGAAGAAGAGGGACAACCUAAACAGGAAGAACCUCAACAACAACCAAAGCAAGAACCCGAAUCCCCCAAACCUAAACAAGAACCUCAAUCCGACGACGAGGAGGAAGAACAACCCCAACCCCAACCCGAACCACGUCGCCACCAAUCUGCUCAAGAGCGUAAGCGCCGUUCUCGUCCUCCCCAGAAAAUCAGACACCAGGACGACUACUCCGACAUGGAUAACGGUGCCGUGGAAAGACCUCGUCGUCAGCGCCGCCAGCGCCCCCAACAGCAACAGCAAGGCCAGGACGGCGGUCCCCUGGGUGGACUGCCCGGUGUCGGCCAGGCGGGGGAUCUCGUCCAGAACACGGCGGGGAAUGCCCUGAACGGGGUGACCGGCAGUGCAGGUAAAGCGGUAGGGGGUAUUCUCGGUGGAGGCGGCCAGGAGAAGGAUGAUGGCGGCGGCAAGGACGAGCAAUUGCGCUUGAGACUCGAUCUGAACUUGGAUAUCGAGGUGCAGUUGAAGGCCAAGAUCCAUGGUGAUCUGACUCUUGGGUUGCUGAACUGA